AUCAUUCCGAGCUGGACCCGGGAACUCCCCUGUAUUCGGCUUUUGGAAGGCUUGAUCCGCUGUUAUCGAAUUACUUGCAGUUGCACAUGAUGGCAUCCACUUGUCGGCCCUUCUAAAGAAUUUCGCGCAGAUAAGAUUCUUGCAGCUGUCGUGGGUUGUUGGAUCGUGACUACAGCAGCUCUGCGCUAUCGGCUUCGAGGAGUCAGCUUCCUUGUUCAAAGGUUUAAGGCUUGGAUAUCCAAUUUGACUUUGAGAUAUCGAUUCUUUUUAGUAUUACCCGAGUGCGCAUACGCAUAUCUUAGAUCUACCCUGCCUCAAGACUACCAGGAUGUCGCAAGAUCAUCAGAUAAGCGAGAAUGAGGUGACGGUAGUUGGGAAGAAAACGGAAAAGGUAAUUGGACAGGCCGAUGUUUCUGAACCGCGGGGUCGCAAUUUGAUGCAAAGCCUCCGAGGGAUUAUAUCCGAAUUUAUCGAAGCCAGCCCGGUCGAAGAACGAGGAGUCUUGCCGGUAGCGUUGGAAGACCGUACCGCUACCAACUACUUUAGUUACUUUUGGAUAUGGGCUAGUAUGAAUAUAAACCUCCUGCCCAUCACAUUCGGCAUGUUGGGUCCGGGUUUUGGCCUGAGUUUAAGGGAUUGUGCUCUGGUUAUCAUAUUCUUUUGCCUCUUAACCGCUGCCAUACCAGCAUAUCUCGGUACUUUGGGUCCAAAGACUGGCCUACGGCAGAUGAUCCAGGCUCGUUAUUCCUUUGGUAGAUAUCUCGUCUCCGUACCGGUCAUCUUGAACCUAGCCACCCUUACAGGCUUCUGUGUCGUUAUCUGCGUCAUCGGAGGCCAAUGUCUAUCUGCCGUUGCUGGUGGUUCUCUUACCCCAGCGGUUGGGAUAGUCAUCAUGGGUGUGCUGGCUCUUCUCAUCUCCUUUUGCGGUUAUGAUGUGCUACACCAAUAUGAGCGUUUCGCCUGGAUCCCGGCUUUGAUAGCCAUCAUCAUCGCUACGGGGUGCGGAGGCUCUGAUCUUGCUAAGCAAGCACCAACAGAACCUGCAACAGCUGGUGGUGUCCUAAGCUUUGGUAUGAUCAUGGCUUCUUACAUGAUCCCAUACGCGUGCCUCGCUUCGGAUUUCACGACAUACCUAAACCCCAAGUUCUCAUCUUUGAGGUUGUUCUUGUAUGGUUUUACAGGUCUUGUGAUCCCAUCGAUGUUGCUGAUGAUUUUGGGUUCUGCUAUCGCAGGGGCUAUAAGUAGUAACCCCGAGUGGCAGGAAGGUUACGACGCAACACAAGUCGGUGGAGUCUUAGCCGCAAUGCUCUCGCGCGCUGGCGGCUUCGGCAAGUUUGUCGUUGUGGUACUCUCGUUGACCUUACUCGGAAACUUCGCUGCGACGAUGUAUUCGAUCACACUGAAUUUCCAGAUUUUAAUCCCACAGCUGGUCGUGAUACCACGCUAUAUGUUCUCGGUUGUGGUCGCUGCGAUUGUCAUACCGGUCAGCAUUAAGGCGGCAGAAGAAUUCUUCUCUAGUCUCGAGAACUUCGUGUCUCUGAUCGGUUACUGGUCUGCCGCGUUCGUAUCGGUGCUCAUCGUCGAACAUAACGUGUUUAGGAAUGGCCGAUACGAUACGUACGAUCAGGAUAGUUGGAACGUGGCAUCUCGAUUGCCGUGGGGAGUCGCAGCUCUGGCAGCAAGUGCGCUUAGCUUUGCGCUGGUUAUCCCCAGCAUGUCGCAGGUGUGGUUUCAGGGCCCAAUCGCUAAAAAGUCCGGGGACAUUGGAUUUGAAAUGGCGUUCGUCGUAACCGCGGUUCUAUAUAUCCCUCUUCGGUUAUUGGAGAAGAAAUUUAGCGGACGGUAGAUAGACUUGACUAAAUGAUUGGAUACUGCAAAUAGGUACAUAGGUACCUAGGUAUAGAUAAAACAUAAGAAUAAAGUCAUAUACACAAUAAG